AAGUCGCAACGUUGUUUACUCACGAAAGCAAAAUGAAGCCUUUUCCAUGGCUUCUGUUCUGUCUUUGAAACCUCUGUAAUUUGUCGUUCUCUUUUCUAACAACUCGCAAAACCUUUUCAUCCAAUUCUCAAAACCCUCUUUCCCUCACACAAAUCCAAGCAAAACCCAAUUUUUUUCUCGGGAAAACUCGCAAGAAAAUCACUUACUUUCCCUGAAAAAAAGCUUCCUCAUACCCCAAUGGGAAAGGGAUUGCUUGACCUUGAAAAGCACUUUGCUUUCUAUGGUGCUUAUCAUAGCAACCGAAUAAACAUAGCCAUCCAUAUGGUGUUUGUUUGGCCAAUCUUUUUCACAGCCCUUCUUAUGCUUUAUUUCACGCCCUCUCUGUUCAACCUCCCCCACUUGGAGUUUUUUCUGUUUGGGACUCAUUUUGUUCUAGUUUUGAAUUUUGGGUUCUUGUUAGCUUUGAUCUAUGCUAUGUUUUACGUCUGUUUGGAUGUGAAAGCUGGGUCCUUGGCUGCUCUGCUCUGUGCUAUUUGUUGGGUUGCUAGCAGUUUUAUUGCAAGUAGACUCGGGUUUUCACUAGCUUGGAAGGUUGUACUGGUGGCUCAGAUAUUAUGUUGGACUGUACAGUUUAUUGGCCAUGGGAUCUUCGAGGGACGAGCACCGGCUCUUUUGGAUAACCUUGUUCAAGCCUUUAUAAUGGCUCCCUUCUUUGUGCUGCUAGAGGCUCUUCAGACCUUCUUUGGUUAUGAGCCAUACUCAGGUUUUCACACAACAGUGCAAGCAAAGAUAGAAGCUGAAAUCAAUGAAUGGCAAGACCAGAAGCAGAAAUUAAUUUCUUAGUUUCUGCUGUUUGUCUUUAUCAAGAUCAGGUUUCACUAUAGUUCCAGUGAAUAUAAAUAAGCGAACUAUAAAUACUCCAUGUGUAUAAUAUCCACAAUGUGAUUUAUUAGCAUUAGAUCAGAUUACUUCAUGAUUUUAUCUUUAUGGAACAACUUCAGAAUUAAGCUGAAGAAAGAAUUUAUAGCUAUUUUCUGAACA